AUGGGCGCGCCCCUGACAGCUGCGGCUGCUUCAGAGCCAGGGCAGGUGCGCGCAGGGCCCUCGGCCUUUGGGGAACGAGGGGCAGCCUGCGUCUUCCGAGUUCAGACGGGGGUGCCGCCAGCUUUCCCCUUGAGCCCGGGGCGCCGGCCCGGCGCGGCCCUGCGGAAGCCCCUGGAAAAUUCCACCGUGUUUAUCGGAGGGACUCGUGUGCAGAUGCUCAUAUGCCCGCGAGGGUGGACCGGCAGCUUCUCUGACGGAUGGUGUCCGGUCAAGCAGCAUCCAGUGUCCUGGGGUCCUUGUUGUGACACUGGGGCCCUGGCUCCUGAAGCAGAGAAGGCACCACCGCUCUGGAGGGGGCCUGGGGCCUGGCCUGGCCCACUGGAUCUCCGGGGUUGGCGUUGGUGGGCUGGAGUCCUCGGACCUGAGCCUGGGGAGUCGCCGGGCCCCACACCCACAGCGGGGAUUCUGCAAGUCCUGACACAUCCCCGCGAGGCUCCUGGCUGCCCCAAAGUGAACCCUCCACUGACGCCUUCCAGCUCCAGGUGUCGGGAGAGGGUGUGCCUGCCGCGUCUCCGGUUUCCUCGUGUGCCUCGGGGUGUCUCCGCUCUGCUCCCAAGUGCGGGAGACGGCACAGUCUGCAGUGUGAAGUUCAAAGUCGUGCUCGCUGCACAGACUUGUGAGUGUGCAGCGGAUGCCUGUGUCCACCUGAGGCAGGUGUACUGUUGCAUCUCCUGCGGGUGCCCGCUGGCCAUCUGCCAGGAGAGCUGGCGCCUCUGCCCUGAGCCUGCACAGCCGCCGACGCGAGACCGUGGCGCUCAGCCUCGCCAGCCCCCCGCCAGGAGUUACCCGCCUGCUAAGAUUUCUCUAGGAUUUCUCUCCUAUUUGGUCCAGGCUUGUAGGGGAAUUUGAUACUUAAAAUACCUUAGGGGUUUUACUAAGUAAAUAAAAUACCCAAGAAAGGUUAGGCAUCCCCUACCCAGCGCUUAGGUUCAUUUAAUAACGCAAAGGUCACUAAGAACCACUCUUGGGGCGUGGGUGUCCCGGGGACUGAGCCCAGCACGCUGAGCCGCGUCCACGGGCGCGCUCCUCGAGGCCAGUCUGUUUCAGCGGGACCCGCGUCCUUCGCGUUGGCUUGGUCUGAACGUGCCUCUGCAGGAGCCCGAGGGGUCCACAUCUUCUCCUUCUGGCUGGCUUUGCACCGAGGCUGAGGAGCAGGCCGCUUCCCGAACGACAGACCCCGUGCAGCCCCGGGAAGGACUCA